CCCGCCCGGCUUCCGACAAUAAUAGCCACAUGUGGCCAGCUUCAAAAUUAUCUGUGGAUCAUAUGUAGCUACUGUGCCAUGCAGAAUCCAUGUUCUAUACAAACCCACCAUGGACACCAGGUGGAUUGGGUGCUUUAAAAUAUAUAGGAGGCAGCAGGAAGGACAAUAUCAAUCUCAAGUCAGACAUUGUAGGUUGAAGGUUGAAGGAGGUCAUGUAGCUAUAAUA